AUGGAGGACAGUGGCGAUCCAUCACCUGAUUUUGAACCUCUCUUCAUCCAAGAAGAGAACGGAGAUCCUGGGAGCGGCUGGUCCGAUCUGGCUUUUACAAGGACACGGAUGAGUCCAACAUCUUUAAUGGGGCCGUACCUGCGAGAGAUGGAUGACCUACUCAAGAACUGUGAGGAGCUCACCGUGAUCCCGCUUGAGUCAGAUUCAGAGGGCUCACUAGCUGAAAGAGAAAUAUCACCAUAUUUUUCAACGAGCUGUGCUGGAAAUAAGAUGGAGAUGACGGAGGACCGUGUUCGACAUCGGUUCCAAGAAGACUUGCCAAUUACUUCAGCGGGAAACGAACUGAGCAACACCAUGGUGCAAUAUGAGGGUCAACUGAUGGGGAUGUUGGCCAUGCUGGAGAGCUGCAUGGAAGAGGCUGGCAUGGAUUUGGAUGUGAGCCAAGAUUAUGUGCAUGUGGACAAAGGCAAAGAUUUGAUGUCAGAGAACCAGCAUUGUAAAGCCAGUACAGACUCUUGUGGUACUUAUCCCUCAAUAGACCUAUCUGAAUCAAACGUUCACAACCAUCACUUUGAGUCAGAUACGUUUGAAGUAAAUGAAUCGAAUGGCACUAAAUUUCCAACAGAAUCCUUGAAGAUGGAUAGGAGUUUCAGCAUGGAUGGAUUCGAGGAACUGAAGUCUCAGAUGGAGGAGUGUAUCGAGGAGUUACAGCGUUUAGAGAGGAGAAGGAAGGAUUUACUGGCAGAAGUGCUAGAUUUGAGGAGACAGGAAGCCCAGAAGGAAGAAGCAGCAGAGGCUCAUGUUUCAAGCAAAGUCAGCGAGUUGAUGGCGGAACUGAAAAAAGAGGAAAACGACCGAAAAGAGCAGAAGAAAAGGGAGGUGGACAACCUUAAGUCAGAACGAGCUGAAGAGGAGCGACGAGUGUGGAAAGCUGAAAUGGAGAGGCAGGUGUUGCGCGAUGAGAUGCGCAAACUGAAGAAGCAGCUGUUUGAGAGGGCCCGGGAUAGCGCACACACCCAGGCGGCCCUCAACAAGCAACGCCAUGAAAUGGAUUUCCAGAAGAGAGAAAAGGAGAAUCUGCAGAGGCUGUUCCUGCAAAUGACCGAGGAGGGGUCACAGCUUAGGUCAGCACACCAGAAACAUAUCCAGGACCUCCAAGAGAAACUUCGGAUUUGUAGAGUCAACCAGACCAGCAACACAACUCAGGAAGAGUUGUCCAAGAGGAACUCCUGCGGGGACAUCCAGCAGUACCUGCAGGAAAGCCUGAAAACCCUUGAAAACAAGUAUGAACCAGUGUUGCUGGCCCUGCAGAAGAGAAAGGAGACUACUACGGGGGCUGUGGUGAAAGCCAAACAGCACACUCGCGAGCUUAAGGUCAAGCUCGGACCCCUGCGCGAGGAGAUGCAAAGUCAGGUGCUGCAGAGGGCUCGCUUGGAGGAAAAAGUUAAACUUGUUCACAUACAAAGGAGAGAAGAGGCUGCACACUACGAGGUGAAGUGCGAAUUGAGGGAGUGUGUACAACAGAUUGAGAGCAUUAGUUGUCUCGAGCGAAGUAGCCGAGAGUUGAAGAUGGAGUUGACAAUACAGAGAAGAAAGAACAAAGAGGCAGCAGAGCUGAAGGAUCGUCUUGCCAAACAAAUAAUCCUUUAUAGGUCUGCUACUACGGAACACCGAGAGGAAACCUGA